AUGGCUUUGCCCAAGAGAAUUGUAAAAGAGACGGAGCGGUUGAUGGCUGAACCAGUCCCUGGAAUCAGCGCCGUUCCACACGAAGACAAUCUCAGAUACUUUGACGUCUCCAUACACGGUCCUUCGCAGUCUCCAUAUGAGGGUGGCAUAUUCAAGCUCGAGCUCUUCCUUCCGGAUGAUUACCCCAUGACACCUCCCAAGAUACGUUUUCUCACCAAGAUCUACCACCCCAACAUUGACAAACUCGGCCGCAUCUGUCUCGACGUCUUGAAGAGUAAUUGGUCACCUGCUCUGCAGAUUAGAACAAUCCUCCUCUCAAUACAGGCUCUUUUAGGCGCUCCCAACCCGGAUGAUCCUUUGGCAAACGAUGUCGCACAGCGCUGGAAGGAGGACCAAGAAGCUGCCAUUCAGACGGCCAGAGAAUGGACCAGGACAUAUGCCAUGUCCUCUUGA